UUGGAUGAUGAGUCCUUUAACUUGCAUAACAGCAACAGUCCUCAUCAUGAGAGAGAUAUAAACCGAAACUUUGAAAAUGAAAUUCCGCAGGAGAAUGGCAAUGCUUCAGUUACAUCUCAACAGAUUAUUCAGUCUUCAGCUUUCCCUCAGGCAGAUAUUCUUUCAAGCUCACUUGAGGCAGAGCAUAGGUUGUUAAAAGAGAUGGGCUGGCAGGAAGACAGUGAAAAUGAUGAAACAUGUGCUCCACUAACAGAGGAUGAGAUGAGGGAGUUCCAAGUCAUUAGUGAGCAGUUACAAAAAAAUGGCCUUCGGAAAAAUGGCAUUUUGAAAAAUGGCCUCAUCUGUGAUUUUAAGUUUAGCCCUUGGAAAAACAGCACUUUCAAACCUGCUCUGGAGAAUGACGAUUCUGAGACGAGCAGCAGUGAUACAUCAGAUGAUGAUGAUGUGUGAAGACUUCCAUCAUCUGUAAAAGCCCAUUUUGAUCUCAUGAAAAUUUGGGGAUGUGUUGUCCAAAAAAAUUUUUCUAAUUUAUGUAGUAACAUACCCACUAGAGGAAGAAUGAUGGGACUUUUCUCUGAAGAAAGCAAGGAAUGUUGUGUUGGGUGUGUUGAACAUUACUAUGAUUUCUUUGUAAACUGAUGUUGUAGAAUGAGGACUUGGGUUGACCCAGCAUUGACUUUCUUCAUCACUGAAGCAUUUCUGACUAGCAAUGUGACAAUGUAACAAAUCAGACUUUCACAUUUAAUAAUAAAAGCAAUGAAUUGUGUAAUGUCUUGCAAAGCUUCUGUCUUAAAAUGUCCAAGUCAUAAGGAAAAAAAGGGCACCUUGACACAGUGUUUUGCUUGCCAAGUUAUUUCUCCCUUACAGUGGAAAUCCUUAAGUUCACUUUGUACACAAAAAGGGCAAUGUAGCAUGUUGGCCAAAAUGUGCAAAGUGCACUGAAACU